CCGAAGUUCUUCCCUCAGUGGUGCGAGACGCGAGGGCGGCUCGGCGACCCGUCGCUCGGCUCAGGGAUCCGGGCCCUGCCGGUGGAGAAGGCGAAGGCACCAUGCCUGCCCUCAGACCUCUCGUGAAACCUAAAAUCAUCAAGAAGAGGACCAAGAAGUUCAUCCGCCAUCAGUCCGAUCGCUAUGUCAAGAUCAAGCGCAACUGGCGUAAACCGAGAGGUAUUGAUAACAGAGUUCGCCGGCGGUUCAAGGGUCAGAUCCUGAUGCCCAACAUUGGCUAUGGCAGCAAUAAGAAGACAAAGCACAUGCUGCCCACGGGGUUCAGGAAGUUCCUGGUCCACAAUGUCAAGGAGCUGGAGGUGCUCAUGAUGAGCAACAAGUCAUACUGUGCAGAGAUUGCUCACAACGUGUCUUCCAAGAACCGGAAGGUAAUUGUGGAGAGAGCUGCUCAGCUCGCCAUCAAGAUCACCAAUCCUAACGCCAGACUGCGCAGCGAGGAGAAUGAAUAAACCAGUUUCUGCAUCUGAGAUGUAUUUAAUAAUAAAGUGUAAAAGCAAACUGAGGU